GUUUAGCCAACUCAACGCUUACCACCCGGCGACUCCCGGACCCAAACCCGGAUAAGAAGUGGGCCAACAAUUCACUCGGUCAAGGUAACGUUAAUUUGCAAGAUUUCAGAGUAUGUGCAUUUAAUAGAUAAUGCGCAUUGAAAAGAUCUGAUCUCAAUGAUGAGACAGACUGCAAAACAUACUGGGGUUCCUUAUCCUACCUGGCGUGAGGUGUGUGUGUGACACUAACAACUUCAGAGAUUCAGCACUGAAACACUGUGUUUACUGAGACCUGUGGCAAUGGAAUCUCUACCACCAGCAAAAUCACGACAAGCUUGUCAAGUUCAGAAUCAGCAGAUGCCUUGGAGCAGAAUGUUGCUGGGAUCACUGAUUUUCUUCAGUUGUCUGGUUGCUUCUGUGUCCUCUGAUGAGGAUUACUAUAAGUUAUUGAAGGUGUCCAGAGAAGCCACAACCAGAGAGAUACGACAAGCCUUCAAAAAGCUAGCUCUGAUCAUGCACCCGGAUAAAAACCCACAUGAUGAAACUGCCCACGACAAGUUCCUGAAGGUAACCCGAGCCUAUGAAGUUUUGAAGGAUGACGAUCUGAGGAAGAAGUAUGACAAGUAUGGAGAGAAGGGUCUGCAGGACGAGCAGCAGGGAGGAGGACGAUAUGAGAGCUGGAACUACUAUAGAAAUGAAUUUGGUAUCUACGAUGAUGACCUAGAGAUUGUCACUUUAGAUAGGGGAGACUUCGAUGCAGCAGUGAACUCUGGGGAACUCUGGUUUGUCAACUUCUACUUCCCUCGUUGUCAUCACUGUCACGAGCUGGCUCCCACGUGGAGGGAGUUUGCUAAGGAGAUGGAUGGAGUGAUCAGGAUAGGAGCAGUGAACUGCGGAGACAACAACAGACUGUGUCGCAGCAACGGCAUCAACAGCUACCCCAGCCUCUACAUUUACAAAGCUGGAAUGAAUCCAGAGAAAUACUUUGGAGAUAGGGCCAAGAAGAGUUUGACUAAGUUUGGCAUGCAGUUUGUGAAGAGCAGAGUUACAGAGCUGUGGCAAGGCAAUGUCUUCACCGAGAUUGAGGCAGCAUUUUCAUCUGGAGUUGGAUGGCUGAUCACCUUCUGUGCUGACUCAGGAGACUGUCUAGAGUCACAGACGAGGCAAAAAUUAGCAGGAAUGUUGGAAGGUCUAGUGAACGUGGGCUGGAUGGACUGCUCAACACAGGCUGAGUUGUGUGACAGCUUUGAGGUGACCACCAGCACCACAGCCUUCUUCCCCCCUGGCAGUUCACUGAAGAACAAGGGCAGCGUGCUGUUCCUGCAGAGUUUGGAUACCAGAGAGAUCUAUGGAGAGGUGAUGCAGCAUCUGCCUGACCUAGAGCCUCUUACUAAGGAAACCUUCCAGAGUAAACUGGCCCAUCAUCGGUGGCUGGUCAGUUUUUCUUUCGGACAGAAGACCAUGGCAUCUCAUGAGUAUAAGAAGCUCAAGGCUCUUCUGAAGGCAGCCAACAUACUGGUGGGAAAGGUGGACUGCCUUACUGACUCAGAACUAUGCGCCUCCUUCUACAUUCAAAAGCCCUGCAUCGCUGUCUUCAAAGGCCUUGGGAUUCAUGACUUUGAGAUACACCAUGGGAAGGAUGUGCUGUAUAACAUCAUAGCGUUUGCUAAGGAGAGUGUCAGCGCCCAUGUCACCACUCUGAGACCAGAGAACUUCCCCAGUGAUGGAAAGGAGCCCUGGCUAGUUGACUUCUUUGCUCCUUGGUGUCCGCCCUGUCGUGCUCUCCUCCCUGAGCUGAGGAAAGCCUCGAUCCAGCUGUUUGGUCAGAUGAAGUUCGGAACGCUGGACUGCACCGUGCACGAGAGACUCUGCAGCAUGUAUAAUAUCCAUGCUUACCCGACCACGGUAAUCUUUAACAAGUCCUCCAUCCAUGAGUACGAGGGACAUCACUCUGCUGACGGAAUCCUGGAGUUCAUACAGGACUUGGUUGACCCCACUGUGGUGACCAUGGACCCAGACAGCUUUGCAGAGCUGGUGAAGAGGAGAAAACACAGCGAGACCUGGAUGGUGGACUUCUAUGCCCCGUGGUGUGGGCCCUGUCAGGCCCUGCUGCCUGAGUGGAGGAGGAUGGCACGGGCGGUAAAUGGUAUGAUAAAGGUGGGCACGAUAGACUGUCAGAAACACCACUCCUUUUGCCAAGGAGAGGGUGUCAGAGCCUACCCUGAGAUACGCCUCUACCCUCAGAACGCCAACCGACGAGACAUAUACCAGAGUUACAACGGCUGGCACAGAGAUGCUCACUCUCUCAAAGUCUGGGCUGUGGGUACUCUCCCAAGAGCAUCAGUGGAUCUGACUCCAGAUGACUUCAGGAACAAGGUAAUAGGAGGGACGGAUCACUGGGUGGUGGACUUCUAUGCUCCGUGGUGUGGACCAUGCCAGCACUUUGCCCCAGAGUUCGAGGUCCUCGCUCGGAUGGUGAAAGGGAGUGUGAGGGCAGGGAAAGUAGACUGUCAGGCCCACUACCAGACCUGUCAGUCAGCUGGCAUCACAGCCUAUCCCAGCGUCCGAUUCUACCCACACCUGGGCACUAAGAAGCGCGACCAGGGAGGGGAGCAUGUCAACAGCCGGGAUGCUAAUAACAUCGCAGACGUCCUCCGCCAGAGGCUCCAGCAGUUAUCUCCAUGGUUACAGGGCAAGGCGGACAACUUCAAGGAUGAAUUGUGAGUUCAAGGGGGUCGAUUCCACUGAGAUGGUUUUCCUUAUGGUAACAUAAAGGAUGGUCAAACACACACACACACACACACACACACACACACACACACUUUAACAAACAAAAA